AUAUUUCUGGCUCUCUCUCUCUCUCUCGAACAUUGAUUUCAACGAGUCUAGCGAGCCUGCUCUCAUUUUAAAAAUCCAAACUUGACCCACUUCUUCUUCAACGAUUGAUAAAUGUUAUCUCAAAAUUUCAUUUUUAAAACUCUAUAUUCCAACCAACGUCAAUAAUAGUGGGAAAGGCCUAUUUUAGUUAGGGUUAGGUUUCUCUUCUCCUAUUUAGGAUUUUGGGUUAUUUGGGGAAAAUCAUCCUAUCUCAUGCAAAUUUCGAUUCUUGGGUUCCCUUUUUGAUCAUCGUUUUUCCUUUUUCAAAGAUGGGAUUUGAGGUUUCUGAUGAGCUAUUGGGAACUUUCGUCCCAGUUUUGAUAUAUUGGGCAUACUCGGGGAUUUAUGUGGUUCUGGAUUCGUUUGAGAACUACCGGCUUCACACAAGGAAAGACGAAGAUGAGAAGAAUUUGGUGUCCAAGAGAACGGUGGUCAAAGGGGUUCUUCUUCAGCAAACCAUUCAGGCUAUUGUUGCUAUCCUCCUGUUUACGGUGACGGGAAAUGAUGGUGGGGAUUCAGGUGUAAAGCCUUCUUUCAUUGAUCUAGCAAGACAGUUUGUUACUGCAAUGAUUGUUUUGGAUACCUGGCAAUACUUUAUGCACAGAUACAUGCAUCACAACAAGUUCUUAUACAAACAUAUCCAUUCCCAACAUCACCGGCUUGUUGUGCCCUAUGCAUUUGGAGCUCUGUACAAUCACCCUGUGGAGGGACUUCUUCUUGACACAAUUGGUGGAGCCUUAUCUUUUCUCCUCUCUGGCAUGUCUCCUCGAGCCUCCAUAUUCUUCUUCUCCUUUGCCACCAUCAAAACCGUAGACGACCAUUGUGGAUUAUGGCUUCCGGGGAACCUGUUCCAUGUAUUUUUCAGUAAUAAUACUGCUUACCAUGAUGUCCACCACCAGCUCUAUGGAAGCAAGUACAACUUCUCCCAGCCGUUCUUUGUUAUGUGGGAUAGGAUACUUGGUACCCAUAUGCCGUACUCAUUAGAGAAGAGAGCAGGUGGGGGAUUUGAAGUGCGGCCUAAGAAAGUAGACAAGGAGAAUUGAUUCUUGCUUGAGGAAACACGAAUCUAUAUUGAUUGUACCAGUAUUAGGGAACCUCACUGCUUGCAUAGUUUGUUGUAUAUACAUAUAUAUUGUUGUGCCUUAUUCUUUUGUUUUCUUCUUCGAAUGAGUUUUAAAACUUAGUUGUGGAACUGAGAAUUCAUUUAUCGAGAUAAAAUCUGACAGCAGCUUCAAUUUGGUUUGAGCAUCUGAUAUUGGAGCAA